AUGGUGUCCUCUGUCACCGCCACCACGCACCGGCCUAACGGGCCUAAUGGCUCGGUGCAAAUGGCCUCGAUUGCGACCAAGCCGCACUCACAGCCAAACAAAGCCAACAGGCUCCCUUUCGCCAUUACGAUUCCCGACUCCAUCAACUCCUCCCCCAUCUCCCCGUCACCCGCGUCCGCCGCCCAGCGCCCGACCUUUCUGCACCACCGCACGGACGACAACUACAACUUCCACCACCUGCCUGCGUCGUCGGGCCCGCGAUCACGAACGUCCCCCGUUAAUGGCGGCGGCCACCACCGCGCGUCGCUGUCCGAGCACAGGCCCAGCGUCGAAGUGAGACGGCUAAGCCGCCCGGCAUCCAUGAGUUCGCGCAGUCUGUCCGUCGAGUUUGAGGAAAAGUCGCGGUCCUCGAGCAGCUCGUCGACCGGCACCCCGCUCGCCCAGACCCCCGUGUUCCCGCCUGCGUGGUCGCACAACGUCACCGUCGACCACCAGUACCCGCGCUUCGCGUCGCAGAACGCCUACGAGCACCACGGCCAGCCGUCCCGACCCGUCGGUCGCCUCGUCCUCCGCGCAGCCCGCGACCGCCUGAGCUGCGGCAAUAAGAGCGGUGCGCUCGGGCGGGGGCUGAUCGUCGGCUGGGUCCUCACGACGCUCGGUUUCAUCGCCGCCGCCGCGUUUUGGAAGGGCGAGCUGUUUUCCGCCCUCGACCACCUCUCCAAGAUCCUGCACGACAUGGGCUACCAGGGCCUCGUCGUGUUCGGUGUGCUCAUCUUCAUCACGACCAUCCCGCCGCUCCCGCUGUAUUCGACUCUGAUCGUUCUGUCCGGCUACACGUUCGGGGCGUGGUAUGGGUUCAUCGCGAGCUAUGUUGCGAGUCUGGUCGGCGCCGUCGUCGUCCUGGCCUCGUCACCGACCGCGACAUCUCUACUGCAGAUCAUUCCCGCGAACCCGCACCUGCUUCUCCUCAUCCGCAUCGCCCCGUACCCGUACAACCUGCUCAACGUCGUGCUCGCGUCCGCCCCCUCGCUCUCGCUCAAGACGUACACGGCCUGCACCGCGAUCAGCCUGUGCAAGCUGAUCCUGCACACCUGGAUGGGCGCAGGCAUCCACGACCUCUCGUCCGCCUACGGCGCGACGCCAGUGGACGAGGACCGGAUCCCGGAACCGCACGAGGCCGACUCGCAGCACGAAACGCUCAAGGUCGCCAUGACGUGGGGCGGCAUCGUGCUCUGCGGCGUCCUCUUCGUGUACCUGACGCACCUGGCGAAGCGGGCGAUCAAGAAGGCGCAGGACGAGACGCGGGACCGCGAGCGCGGCCUCGGGCCAGAGGACGAGCAGCCCUUCCUCGCUCGCAACAGUCUCGAGGAGGGCGUGCGCUCGGACUAG